AUGCUGGGCAUGUAUGUGCCGGAUAGGUUUGCCCUGAAGUCGUCAAAAGUGCAGGACGGGAUGGGGCUCUACACGGCCCGCAGAGUGAAAAAGGGUGAAAAGUUUGGGCCCUUUGCAGGAGAGAAGAGAAUGCCGCAGGAACUGGAUGAGGACACAGACUGCAGGCUCAUGUGGGAAGUUCGUGGGAGUAAAGGUGAGGUCCUUUAUAUCCUGGAUGCAAGCAAUCCACGCCAUUCUAAUUGGCUACGUUUUGUCCAUGAGGCUCCAUCACAGGAUCAGAAGAACCUGGCAGCCAUCCAGGAGGGGGAAAAUAUUUUCUAUCUUGCUGUGGAAGAUAUUGAAACAGACACAGAACUUCUCAUUGGGUACUUGGACAGUGACAUGGAAGAGGAGGAGGAGGAGGAAGAAGUAGUAACUGUUAUCCAGGAAGAUGAAGACUGUGGCAACAAUAAAGAAGUGCAGCCAGCUGGUGAAAAAACUGCAGAUCCUCUCACCUGUAAGGAGGACCAUGCAUGCCCAAACUGUGAGUCCAGUUUUUCUAGCCAGGAGAUUUUAGCUGAACAUCUUCAGACUUUGCACCAAAAACCCAGUGAGGAAAAGGAAUUUAAGUGCCAAAACUGUGGAAAGAAAUUCCCUGUCAAACAAGCUCUACAAAGACAUUAUGAACAGCACAAGGAGGCAUGCAGAGGGGAUGCCAGAUUCGUUUGCAAGGCAGAUAGCUGUGGCAAGAGAUUCAAGAGUAAGGAUGCUCUGAAAAAACAUAAAGAAAAUGUUCACAGUGGAAAUUCUAGGAAGAAGCUGAUGUGUUCAGUAUGCAGUAAGAAAUGUUCCUCGGCAACAAAUCUCCAAGAGCAUCGAAAGGUCCAUGAGAUCUUUGAGUGUCAGGAAUGUGACAAGAAAUUUAUUUCAGCUAACCAGCUAAAACGCCACAUGAUAACUCAUUCAGAAAAACGCCCCUACACCUGCGAGGUUUGCAAUAAGUCCUUCAAACGACUUGAUCAAGUGACUGCACACAAAAUAAUACACAGUGAAGAUAAACCUUAUAAAUGCAAGCUUUGUGGAAAGGGAUUUGCCCACAGAAAUGUUUACAAGAAUCACAAGAAGACCCAUUCUGAAGAGAGACCAUUCCAGUGUGAGGAAUGCAAAGCUUUGUUCCGAACCCCAUUCUCUCUACAAAGGCAUCUGUUAAUCCAUAACAGUGAGAGGACCUUCAAGUGUGAUCACUGUGAUGCUACUUUCAAAAGAAAGGACACAUUAAAUGUUCAUAUUCAAGUUGUACAUGAUGGACAUAAGAAAUACAAGUGUGAUCUCUGUGACAAAGCAUUUGUAACACCAUCAGUCCUGAAGAGUCACAAAAAAACUCACACAGGUGAAAAAGAAAAGAUUUGCCCAUACUGUGGACAGAAGUUUGCAAGCAAUGGAACACUGAGAGUCCACAUUCGAAGCCAUACAGGUGAGCGUCCUUAUCAGUGUCCUUACUGUGACAAAGCUUUCAGUAAGAAUGAUGGAUUGAAAAUGCACAUUCGCACCCACACACAGGAAAAGCCCUACCAAUGUUCAGAGUGUAACAAGGCUUUCAGUCAGAAGCGAGGCCUAGAUGAGCACAUGAGGACGCACACUGGAGAGAAGCCGUUUCAGUGUGAUGUUUGUGAUCUGUCCUUCAGCCUGAAGAAAAUGCUGAUCCGACACAAGCUGACUCACAACCCAAAUCGACCGAUGGCAGAGUGCCAGCUUUGCCACAAGAAGUUUACAAGAAACGACUACCUCAAAGUGCACAUGGAAAAUGUCCAUGGUGAAACUGACAGCUAA